AUGGCACGGGCUAGAGAAGAAGCAGGGGACAGCCAGCUGGUAUCUGGUCGGGAGCCAUCAUCACGCAUCAUCAGAGUCUCUGUUAAGACUCCACAGGACUGCCAGGAAUUUAUGUUGGCAGAAAACAGCAGCAUCCACCACUUUAAGAAGAAGAUCUCCACACGCCUUCAAUGUAACAGUGACCAACUAGUGCUCAUCUUCACUGGAAAGAUGCUCCGGGACAAAGACAUACUGAGCCAGUGUGGCAUCCUUGAUGGCAGUACAGUCCACGUGGUGGUGAAAAGAGGCCACUACACCCAUCGUUCUGAACCAUCAGCCACUGAGGGUGCUGGGAUGCUAACGAGGCUGGGCCAGCUUGUAAGGAGCUCACCUGAUCUAGCUGACUUCUUUGGCCAGUUGGCUCAGCUUCUGACGGCUGCACCAGAAUCUGUGGUGCAGUUCCUGGAAGACCCUGGGAUUCAAGGCCUGGCAAGUGAAAAACCCGCCAAUGCUAGCCAUGUUCCUGAAUCCUCAAGGCCAGUACAAAAACUUGAGCCAGCUCUCAAGGCUCUGGAAACCUUACAGAACUCAAUCCAGCAACAGGAGCUCUUGCAGGCAGACAAACGGAGGCUGGAGGCCUUGAAGGUAGUGCCAGGUGGUGAUAAUGCCAUGCGUCCAGUCUGUUCUGACAUACAGAAACUUAUGCUCUCCACUAUGGCCUUAUUGGUUGCUUCCAAAGACUACAUCUCAAGUUCAGAGUCUUGCAGGGGGAAAGCCAAUGCACACAAUAGUACUGACACCACUACCACCACCCUCACCACUCCUGUACCUGCCAAGCCAUUGGUACAAGAGGUCAGUGCAGGAGUAACUGCCCAGGUCAAGGGUAUGGCCUCAAAUCAGGCCAAUGCCGGGUGCAAGACUGGUAUGCCAGAUUCAUGCUCAGGACAUCUUCCCUCCCAGGAUUGCCAGCAUCCCACAGAUAAGGCCACUGUAACCAGUCAGCUGAGAACUUCACCCUCUGUUUUGCGUAGAGCCUUACAAUUCCUGCAGCAGAAUCCAGCUCUGCUACGUCAGGUGGAAACUGGAAGCCCCCUGAGACAUCACCUGCCACUACUUCCUAUCCUCACCAACCCACGAGCACUGCAGGCAUUGAUACAGAUAGAACAAGGUCUACAGAUACUGUCCAAGGAGGUGCCUGGGCUUGGACUCUUCUUAUGGCACCCAGACAGACCCCGUGGAGCCAGAGGAGUUCAUGAAAUUAGAGGCAGAAGACAAGGUCAUAGAGUGGAUCGUGGACAAUCCUCCUCAGCUGUUCUUCAGCUCCUCCAUGCACUGGCCAACACCUGUUCUCAGACUACCCAAUCCUCCCUAUCCUCAUCCCUCCUUGCUGAAGGUCGCUACCAGCAACAACUGGAGCAGCUGCAGGCCAUGGGCUUUGCUGAUCGUGAUGCCAACUUGCAGGCCCUGAAGGCUACAGGUGGGGACAUCCAUGCUGCUAUUGAGAGGCUGCUAGGAAUAGAGCCUCCACAGGCCUAG